CUCUACUGUCAAGGAACCUGAAGACAGAGAUUGAAGACCACAGUGCUCAAGUUAGUGAGAAAUGACUACAGUUAAAGGGGAGGAUAGCCAAUGUUAUCACAUGUUAAAGGGGAGAGGAGAAUUAGAAUUAGUGAGAAGGCUUUUUUUCAGAUUCUAGUAAUUCUAUGAUCAGCACACACAACACCAUCCAUUUGUCUCUGGUCAUGCUAUCCUGGUCCCCUGGGUUCUGUCACCUGCUCCGUUCAGCACAGCUGUUGAUAUGAGGAGCUCCCUCCAUGACGGGUGGGGGGGAAGGCAAACUCAACAGGCAGGGUCACGUUCAGUUGGCAUGACAUGUCCUAUGAGAACCCGAAGGGGGGGGGGGGGGAUUAUGGUAGUCAAUGGUUUCACACAGACAGUUUCAUGAAAGUCACCAUCGCAAGUAAUAAACCAUGCAAGUGACAUUUUCUAUUGGUUACUUUUCUUAGGUAGCCUAAAUAGGUAGGAUGCUAGCAUUGUGAUCACUGGUCUAUGUGAAUGAAGCCAGAUAGUAAAACGUCAGUUUCAUGCAGAUAUUGGCGCAUGCAUAUUUUUGCAUAUGUACAUAUUUUCACGGCAAUCAGGAAAGAGCUUGGUUGGUAAAUCUCGGGAUCCCGCUAGGGUUGGGCGGUAUCCAGAUUUUCAUACCGUCAUACCAUUUCUCUACCAUACCGGGGUAUACGGUAUUAUACGGUAUUUACAAAAUAGCCUCCAACACUCUACUCAGCAAAUUGGAUGUUGUCUAUCACAGUGCCAUCCGUUUUGUCUCCAAAGCCCCAUAUAAUACCCACCACUGUGACCUGUACGCUCUUGUUGGCUGGUCCUCACUACAUAUUCGUCGCCAAACCCACUGGCUCCAGGCCAUCUAUAAAUCACUGCUAGGCAAAUCCCCGCCUUAUCUUAGCUCAUUGGUCACCAUAGCAACACCCACCCGUAGUCUGCGCUCCAGCGGGUAUAUCUCACUGGUCAUCCCCAAAGCCAACACCUCCUUUGGCCGCAAUUCCUUCCAGUUCUCUGCUGCCAAUGACUGGAACAAAUUGCAAAAAUCUCUGAAGCUGGAGACACUUAUCUCCCUCACUAACUUUAAGCAUCAGUUGUCAGAGCACCUUACCGAUCACUGCACCUGUACACAGCCCAUCUGAAAUUAGCCCGCCCAACUACCUCAUCCCUAUAUUGUUAUUUAUUUUGCUCAUCUGUACCCCAGUAUCUCUAUUUGCACAUCAUCUCUUGCACAUCAUUCCAGUGUUAAUACUAAAUUGUAAUUAUUUUGCACUAUAGCCUAUUUUAUUGCCUUACCUCCAUAACUUGCUAAAUUUGCACACUGUAUAUUAAUUGUAUUUCUGUUGUAUUUUUUUUUAUUUUUGUUUUGUUUUACCCCAUAUGUAACUCUGUGUUGUUGUUUUUAUCGCACUGCUUUGCUUUAUCUUGGCCAGGUCGCAGUUGUAAAUGAGAACUUGUUCUCAACUGGUUUACCUGGUUAAAUAAAGGUGAAAUAAAAAAAUAAAAAAAAUAAAAAUUACCGGAAGUGCACACAAGGGGUGCUAUUUCCCCCAAAAAUAAUUGUAACUUUAUUUUUGUUGAUGCACAAAACAAUUAAGGCAACAGGGAUCUUGAUCCAGGCGGGGAUUCAAUAUGUCUGCUGUAACCAAGAAACUUGAUCUUGACAUUUUAGCACUUAGCUAGCAAGUUAGCAAACCAAUUGCAUAGCUGGAGCCCUGAGCUGGCUAUAAUUUAUUUGACACAUCUUAGAUUUUUUAUAGUUAUAAGCAGUGGCGUAGUUUUUUGUUUUCUUAUGGUUUUGAAAAUCAUACCGUUGGUAUUUCGAAAUACCCCGGUAAACGGUAUAUUGCCCAAGCCUAGAUCCCGGUUCCCUGUGUUAAUCCCUAGUCCCAAAUGAACAUGGUGACCGUAUUUGCAUUAUAUUGGCAUUAGGCCUACAUGUGGAAUGGUAAGCACAUUACUUUCUACUUUGUGUUUGUAAAGAUUUUUCACCCAUUUGAUGUUUCUCCUGCUCAACCGUUUUGUUUGUGUGAUUUAGUUUGUGAUUUCACCUCAGACAGUGACCGACCAAGGGUAAGCAGUGUGAGAGGUAUGGGGGUUGCUUAGGGCUGGGAAUUGCCAGGGACCUCACGAUAUCAUGAUACUUAGGUGCUGAUACAAUAUGUAUUGCGGUUCGAUAAUGUCAUUUUAUUGUGAUUCCAUGUUCCAAACAUAUUAUGGUGAGCAUAAUGUAAUUGCCCACCAUAUGUCUGUUGCAGAGGGACAAGAGAGCCAUGAGUAAACACGUUUUGAUCAGUCAUGGAAAUACAAUUACUGAAAACAUUUUGGCUCACUAUUUAAAAGCUUCAGUCCAGACAUGUGGGUGUACAGUAACUGAGGAAGAGCCAGAGAGGUUGUGAAUGGGAACUCAAGUGCCCGUAGCUGCAGGGAUGUCAUUUACUCGCUGCUUCAUUUAUGGAUCCACAGCAGGGACUCCUCGCUUGACUGCAGAGGAAUGCAAUGUGGCCAAAUACUCUGCUGUCAGUCAUAGAGAUAUGAGAAGCAGGCUGACUUAUAGAACUCUUCUCUGUUAAAGAUUUUUGAGCUGUGCAAAGGAAAUGUAGCUCACUGCAGUGCAGCCAUAGUCUGGCAUUUCUACUAGUCGUAUCCUAUGCAGAGUUCUAAGGACUAGCCUCUGUUUCAUUCUAGCCCUGUACUCUUAUUUACCAGUUCUCUUUUAUAAACAAGGUUACUUCACACAAAUUAUGUCACAGGAAAAAUUAAGUUGUAUUGGAUUGAGUGUGAAUGGUUUACUAUGAUCAUUGUUAUGGCUCUGUUUUUGAGAGCGUGUGUGUGUAGCAGUGGCAGUCGGUGGUGCAUAGGAUGAGGGAGGAUGAUAAAAAUGUUUUAUGACCAUGGCCUUAUUUCUAUUACAGCAUGUUGGAUGACUGUCAUUCAUAUUCCAUUCACCCAGUUCAAUGUAACAUCCAUAGGUUUAGGCUACUACAUGAUACACACAUUUUCCCUAUACCCAUCAUGAGGUUUUUAGUCAUUUUAGUAAUCAAGGUGACAGUGACACAUUCAAUACCGCCUUGCACUCUCUUGCUUGCAUCUAGCUGAUCUAGGGUGUAAUCAUUAGUCCAACAGUUUCUAUUGGACAAAUUCAGGUAUGUUUAUCCCCAUUUUGUUUGCUUCCAUUUAAGAAACGUUUUUCAACAGAAUCGGCGGAAUGAAUACACCCCUGAUCACACACAAACGGUUAACUUUCAUAGCAGCCACAUAAAAACAGUACGAUCACUUUGCUCGUUGUGUGUGUAUGUAAUUCCUUCUCGCAACUAUCUAUCCGCUCUCCUCCUCUCACCUUUUCCCUUCGCUUGUGGACUUCAGUGCACAUCACAUUAGCUGUCUGCGACCAGGCGAAAAAACCUUUCCAAGCCAAACCUUCAAACUGUAUCAUUACCGUUAACCGCUACACACAGCCUACACCAUUGUCAUGUCAGUAUGAAAAAUGUAUGCACUCACUAACUGUAAGUCGCUCUGGAUAAGAGCAUCUGCUAAAUGACGUAAAUGUCAUACUGCAAUCAUGCAGUACAGUGUACAGUCAGCAAGCAGUUUAGCAGUUACACCGGCUGGCCCGGUGGCAAUAAAUUAAUCAAACCAAAAGCUUACCCUGACUUGGAAGAGUUCCAAUGUUGGAUGGCCAGCUAGCUAACAUAGCAUCCCUCUCUGUUUGAGCCGGUUGUUUGAGUAGGCUAAACUAGCUAGCUGCAUUUGCUAGCAAAGUGAAGGUAAAAAAUAAAUAAAAUAAUAUAGCUCUCUCUCUCCCCUUAAUUAUUCAAAACUGUUCAACUAUUGUCUCUCUUUGUCAACUACUCAUCACAUUGUAUGCACUGCAGUGCUAGCUAGCUAUAGCCUAUGCUUUCAGUACUAGAUUCAUUCUCUGAUCUUUUGAUUGGGUGGACAAUGUCAGUUCAUGCUGCAAGAGCUCUGAUAGGUUGGAGGACGUCCUCUGGAAGUUGUCAUAAUUACUGUGUAUGUCUAUGGGAGUGGGUGAGAAUCAAGAGCCUCCUAGGUUUUGUAUUGAAGUCAAUGUACCCAGAGGAAACUAGCUGUCCUCCGACUACACCAUGGUGCUACCCUACAGAGUGCUGCUGAGGCUACUGUAGACCUUCAUUGCAAAACUGUGUUUUAAUCAAUUAUUUGGUGAUAUGUGAAUAUAUUUAGUAUAGUUUUAUCGUACUGUUUUUAAAUGUUUCACUUUUUAUUUUUAUGACAUUCACUGAGGAGGAUGGUCCUCCUCUGAGGUGGCCGACUAUUCCUAAUGUGAUGUGUAGAUCGGAUCGUCAUAAUUUAAACUGCAUGGCUGAGCGCAUACUGGUGUAGGGCUAGGCUAUAGGCCAGGGAUGGGCAACUCCAGUCCUCGGUGGACUGAUUUGGUGUCACACUUUUGCCCCAGCUAACACACCCGACUCCAAUAAUCAACUAAUAGUGGUCUUCAGUUUAGAAUGCAAUUAGUUUAGUUUGCUAGGGAUGGGGGGAAAAAGUGACACCACUCCGGCCCCCGAAGAAUGGAGUUGCCCAUCCCUGCUAUCUCAGAUACGUUUCUUGCAAUUCUACUACACUUUAUUUUACUGGAGACAUUCUCAGAAUCUUUUUUAAUACGACACGAAUUACAGGGUAGCCUACUCUGCUGACAAUGACAAACAGAUCAAUAAAAACGUUGUCUGAUCCAUAUAAUAAGCCUACGAGAAGGGGAGCCACAAAUAGCCUACAAUAUGACAUCCAUCUAACCUGGAGGAGGAAAUUAUUGUCCAAAAGCGAACUCUCAAGUGGCACUGACCCAACAAUGAUAGUGAAUAUGCGUAUUCACCGGGGAUAUGGUCGAUGCCCUCCGCUGGAGCCAAUAAGAUGGGCUAUAUCAAGGGUACUCAACUCUUACCCGACGUGGUCCGGAGCCUGUUGGUUUUCUUUUCUACCUGAAAAUGAAUUGCACAUACCUGGUGUCCCAGGUCUAAAUCAGUCCCUGGUUAGAGGGGCGCAAUGAAAAAAUGCAAUGGAACUGGCUUCGAGGUCCAGAGUUGAGUUAGCGGGGGCUGUACUGUUCAAUCAAUUAAGUUGAGAAUUCUGCCAACUAUAAAAUACAGAUUAGUCUUUUCAUUGUCUUCUCUUUACAGUAAUAGCCAUUUGCUUUCCAAACUAUGAUGAAAUAUUGCGACAUGCCUGGCUAGGUCUCUGCUUUUCACUGACAGUCGCAACUCAACAAUCAACUAUUUGGUAUUUGCCAUUUUAAUUGCAUUUCCAUCUACCCGAAGAUGUUAGGCUGUCAUUAGCGUCGCUAACAGCUACACAGUGGUAGACAUAUAGGCCCCACCCCACAAUUCCCCUGCCGUUGUUUCCUCUUCAGAAAGUUGGUAUAUUCAAAAUGUGUGUCGCACUGCCAAGUCAAACGGUUGCAAAAGCGACUGUUUUGGUCGCACUAUCAAACUCUGAGAUAUGGUUGUUUUGACUGUACUCUCUUCCUCUCCAGAUGAGGACGUCCCUGCAGAGAUGGUUGUUUUGACUGUCCUCUCUUCCUCUCCUCUCCAGAUGAGGACGUCCCUGCAGAGAUGGUUGCAGAAGAAUCCGGUCCAGGAGCUCAGAAUAGUCCGUACCAACUUCGAAGAAAGUCUCUACUACCCAAGAGAACAGCAGCGUGUCCAGCAAAGACUAACAUGGAGGUGAGUCAAUAGUAUGGGAUGCGUUCCAAAAUGGCUCCCUAUAGGGAAUAGGGUGCCAUUUUGGACACAGCCUAUGUGUGAUGUAUGUGGAAAGACGGCACAUAAUAUUUAACAAUGGCUAGUUGCCUGAGUCACCAAGAGGUGGUGGGUCAUUCUGUGUCCUCGGUAGGGUCCUGGGUAAAAGGGGUAUGAUGGGCUUCUGCUGCACCUUCAACAAGACACAGCAUUGUGGAAUGUUCAGAUAUACAUCUGUUAUGUAGAAUAAACAUCGUCUCUGACAUGUAGAAUAAUGUAUCAUGUCAGCUCUACUCAUUACAUUUCUAUCUGUUUGCCUGCUGAAAAUGGAUCUGCCGUAAUGAAUCAGCUCACCUAACUUGGACUGAGUGCCACUGGUUAUAAAGAAAUAUUGCAAAAAGCUGUAUUCUGACAUAGACUAGUGAGCAAUAUCAGCAUUCCACCCACAAUGGUGUCUUCUUUAGCACGAGGCUCCCUUUUACCCACGGGCUGAAUUUGAUAAUUAAUCUUUCCUCUUUGCAUAAUUGAUUAGUAUUUCACUAGCGGUGGUGAUUAAUUGAAGAACUUGAUUUAUUGAAAACAAAGCUGAAAUAUUGAUACGGUUGUUUUUAAGCAGAUGACCAUGGUCUGGUCUAGCAAAAGGUGUCAGCUGUCAAGGCUUAUAACAAUCUGUUUCUCGUUCUAUGCGCAGGGUGCUUCCACUUCAGCCACAGAAGACUUUGGCCAUCGGGCAAAGCGUGCCAGAGUGUCGGGAAAGUCUCAAGAUUUAACAGGUAAAAUAAUAGUCUAAAAGUCUGUUUUUGUUUAUUUUGUAUUUAUUAGUAUCUCUUUUAGCCCAUCUCAGGAUAAUCUUCCAAUAGUCUUUAAAAGACAACAAUGAUGUACACAGUACAGUAAAACAAAGGACAAAUGUUUUGGUCAUUAACAUGUUAUGAGAAUUGGAGGUUAAAAAUGCCCCUGCUCUGUAUUGGACCUUGUUUCUGUCUAUCUCCUGUUAUUAUUUUGGAUGUGUGAAUAUCUCCUCCAUUAAUUAAGAGUCCCUCUGGUUGUGUUCACAACUAGCAGCUCCAGCAGAGCACUACCUCCAGGAGAAGCUGCCAGACGAAGUGGUUCUGAAGAUCUUCUCCUACCUGCUGGAGCAGGACCUGUGUCGCGCAGCAUGUGUCUGCAAACGCUUCAGUGAACUGGCCAAUGACCCCAUCCUCUGGUGAGUGGCUGUUUGGCUAUCCCGUUGUCUCUCUGGCUGUCUGGUUGCUUGGUUGGUUGGCUGUCUGCUUGGUUGGUUGGCUGUCUGCUUGGUUGGUUGGCUGUCUGCUUGGUUGGUUGGCUGUCCGCUUGGCUAGUUGGCUGGCUGUCCGCUUGGCUAGUUGGCUGGCUGUCCGCUUGGCUAGUUGGCUGGCUGUCCGCUUGGCUAGUUGGCUGGCUGUCCGCUUGGCUAGUUGGUUGGCUGUCCGCUUGGCUAGUUGGCUGGCUGUCCGCUUGGCUAGUUGGCUGGCUGUCCGCUUGGCUAGUUGGCUGGCUGUCCGCUUGGCUAGUUGGUUGGCUGUCCGCUUGGCUAGUUGGCUGGCUGUCCGCUUGGCUAGUUGGUUGGUUGGCUGUCCGCUUGGCUAGUUGGUUGGUUGGCUGUUUGCGUGGCUGGUUGGCUGUUUGCGUGGCUGGCUGGUUGGCUGGCUGUCUGCUUGGUUGGUUGGCUGGCUGUCUGCUUGGCUACAUUUACAUUUACAUUUUAGUCAUUUAGCAGACGCUCUUAUCCAGAGCGACUUACAGUUAGUGAAUACAUAUUUUUAAAAUUUUUAUACUGGCCCCCCGUGGGAAACGAACCCACAACCCUGGCGUUGCAAACGCCAUGCUCUAUCAACUGAGCUACAUCCCUGCCGGCCAUUCCCUCCCCUACCCUGGAUGACGCUGGGCCAAUUGUGCGCCGCCCAUGAGUCUCCCGGUCGCGGCCGGCUGCGACAGAGCCUGGAUUCGAACCAGGAUCUCUAGUGGCACAGUUAGCACUGCGAUGCAGUGCCUUAGACCACUGCGCCACUCAGGAGACAGUUGGCUGGCUGUCCGCUGGCUAGUUGGCUGUCUGCUUGCCUAGUUGGCUGUCUGCUUGCCUAGUUGGUUGGUUGGCAGUUUGCGUGGCUUGUUGUUUGGCUGGCCGUCUGCUUGGCUGGCCGGCUGGUUGGCUGGCCGUCUGCUUGGCUGGUUGGCUGGCCGUCUGCUUGGCUGGUUGGCUGGCCGUCUGCUUGGCUGGUUGGCUGGCCGUCUGCUUGGCUGGUUGGCUGGCCGGCUAGAUGGCUGGCCGUCUGCUUGGCUAGAUGGCUGGCCGGCUAGUUGGCUGGCUGUCUACUUGACUAGUUGGCUGUCUGCUUGCCUAGUUGGUUGGUUCUCUGCUUGGCUGGUUGGUUGGCUUGUCUGCUUGGCUGGUUGGCUGGCCGGCUAGAUGGCUGGCCGUCUGCUUGGCUAGAUGGCUGGCCGGCUAGUUGGCUGGCUGUCUACUUGACUAGUUGGCUGUCUGCUUGCCUAGUUGGUUGGUUCUCUGCUUGGCUGGUUGGUUGGCUUGUCUGCUUGGCUGGUUGGCUGGCCGUCUGCUUGGCUGGUUGGCCGGCUAGUUGGCUGGCUAGUUGGUUGGCUGUCUGCUUGGCUUGCUGUCUGCUUGGCUAGUUGGCUGGCUGUCUGCUUGGCUAGUUGGCUGGCUGUCUGCUUGGCUAGUUGGCUGGCUGUCUGCUUGGCUAGUUGGCUGGCUGUCUGCUUGGCUAGUUGGCUGGCUGUCUGCUUGGCUAGUUGACUGGCUGUCUGCUUGGCUAGUUGACUGGCUGUCUGCUUGGCUAGUUGGCUGGCUAGUUGGCUGGCUGUCCGCUUGGCUAGUUGACUGGCUGUCUGCUUGGCUAGUUGGCUGGCUGUCUGCUUGGCUAGUUGGCUGGCUGUCUGCUUGGCUAGUUGGCUGGCUGUCCGCUUGGCUAGUUGACUGGCUGUCCGCUUGGCUAGUUGACUGGCUGUCUGCUUGGCUAGUUGGCUGGCUGUCUGCUUGGCUAGUUGGCUGGCUGUCUGCUUGGCUAGUUGGCUGGCUGUCCGCUUGGCUAGUUGGCUGGCUGUCCGCUUGGCUAGUUGGCUGGAUGGUGAGACCAUAGAAAUAUAAUCUAUAGAUUGGACCUUCCCAUUUAAAGUCGAUGACAUAAUGGGUGGACAGGUAGCUAUUGCAAGUGUACCCAUAGGAGCAAAGCUAGGUUGAAGAUUAAAGGGUAAGACGAGGAUUCUAAUGUCCCGUAAUGCUUUACAUAAAUUAGGAAGAAUUGUAAACAAUGGGACCAGCGAUGCUAGUUAGCACCGGCCCCAUAACGGUUUGUUUUCAAAGCUUCCGCAUGGAAUUAUUACGUUGUCUUAAUCUGGGUAUCUUCAACCAAAUGCAAUGGAUCCAAUCUGGGACACGUCUUCCCCUCCAGUGUGUUAUCGCUUCAAGUAACCCUGUCUGAUGGUGUCUGGCUGUGCCUUGCUUUUCUUCACAGGAAGAGGCUGUACAUGGAGGUGUUUGAGUACACGCGUCCUAUGAUGCAUCCUGAGGCGGGGAAGUUCUUCCAGAUUAACCCAGAGGAGUACGAGCAGCCUAACCCGUGGAAGGAGAGCUUUCAGCAGCUGGUAGGACUACGACCCCAUGACCUCUAUACCCACACUGUCCUUAUUGUUACUCACUCACCUCUCACCUCUGACCUCUGUAAACCCUCACUCUCCUAAGAGUUACUGUUACUCAACCAUAUAGAUACUACUACUGCUGCUAAAACAGUCAACAGCUUGUACAGACGUAUGAAUGCAAGAACACUGUAGAGUCCCAGUAAUUCUAAUUAUUUGGUGCAAGUAAAGUUCCAGUGGAGUGAAAGAACGUGAGAUUGUUGUGAUUCUAGAAGGAAUCCCACCAUUAGUAUUACUGUGCUAUAAUUGUGGUCCUCUGUAGCUCAGCUGGUAGAGCACGGCGCUUGUAACGCCAAGGUAGUGGGUUCGAUCCCCGGGACCACCCAUACACAAAAAUGUAUGCACGCAUGACUGUAAGUCGCUUUGGAUAAAAGCGUCUGCUAAAUGGCAUAUUAUUAUUAUUAUUAUUAUUAUAAUAACGGCCAGAUUCAUUGUUCUUUUUGUGUUUACAGUAUAAAGGAGCACACGUAAAGCCAGGCUUCGCAGAACACUUCUACAGUAAUCCUGCCAGAUACAAAGGAAGAGAGAACAUGCUUGUAAGUGUGUUUGUUUGAGAGAGUGUAAGGGCCAGUUUUCUUGACACCGAUGAAGCCUAGUCCUGGACUAAAAUGCACACUGAAUGAAGAAUCUCCAUUGCCUGAAGUGUGAGAGGAAUGGUAGACAGAGGAAUCCAGCAGUGCUGAGGCAGAGGGCUCGUAGAGAGGACGACUGGCUACUACUCUGAACUACAAUAUCAUCAGCAGACUCCAUCAUCUACCAUCCACUGACCAGCUCUCUCCGCUCAAGCCAUGAACUGACCCGCUCCAUCUCCAGAGGAUGCAGCUUUCAGAGACUUGUCCUCUAUUGGUUGACCUGUCCUGAUAUAUUGCUGCUUUGUUUUUUGCUCUUGAAGCGCUUUGAGAUUCUAUGAAAGGUGCCAUAGAAAUGUAAUUGAUUAUUAUAUCUGAUGUUAGAGAAGCUUCCAUUAAAUGUAAUACAUUAUUAAUUAUUAUAUCUGUUAGAGGCGCUAUAGAAAUGUAAUACAUUAUUAAUUAUUAUAUCUGUUAGAGGCGCUAUAGAAAUGUAAUACAUUAUUAAUUAUUAUAUCUGUUAGAGGCGCUAUAGAAAUGUAAUACAUUAUUAAUUAUUAUAUCUGUUAGAGGCGCUAUAGAAAUGUAAUACAUUAUUUGUAUAUCUGAUGUUAGAGGUGCUAUAGAAAUGUAAUACAUUAAUUAUUAUAUCUGAUUUAAGAGGUGCUAUAGAAAUGUAAUACAUUAUUAAUUAUUAUAUCUGUUAGAGGUACUAUAGAAAUGUAAUACAUUAUUUGUAUUAAUUAUUAUAUCUGAUGUUAGAGGUACUAUAGAAAUGUAAUACAUUAUUAAUUAUUAUAUCUGAUGUUAGAGGUGCUAUAGAAAUGUAAUACAUUAUUUGUAUUAAUUAUUAUAUCUGAUGUUAGAGGUACUAUAGAAAUGUAAUACAUUAUUAAUUAUUAUAUCUGAUGUUAGAGGUGCUAUAGAAAUGUAAUACAUUAUUAAUUAUUAUAUCUGUUAGAGGCGCUAUAGAAAUGUAAUACAUUAUUAAUUAUUAUAUCUGUUAGAGGCGCUAUAGAAAUGUAAUACAUUAUUAAUUAUUAUAUCUGUUAGAGGCCCUAUAGAAAUGUAAUACAUUAUUUGUAUAUCUGAUGUUAGAGGUGCUAUAGAAAUGUAAUACAUUAAUUAUUAUAUCUGAUUUAAGAGGUGCUAUAGAAAUGUAAUACAUUAUUAAUUAUUAUAUCUGUUAGAGGUACUAUAGAAAUGUAAUACAUUAUUUGUAUUAAUUAUUAUAUCUGAUGUUAGAGGUACUAUAGAAAUGUAAUACAUUAUUAAUUAUUAUAUCUGAUGUUAGAGGUGCUAUAGAAAUGUAAUACAUUAUUUGUAUUAAUUAUUAUAUCUGAUGUUAGAGGUACUAUAGAAAUGUAAUACAUUAUUAAUUAUUAUAUCUGAUGUUAGAGGUGCUAUAGAAAUGUAAUACAUUAUUAAUUAUUAUAUCUGUUAGAGGUACUAUAGAAAUGUAAUACAUUAUUAAUUAUUAUAUCUGAUGUUAGAGGUACUAUAGAAAUGUAAUACAUUAUUUGUAUAUCUGAUGUUAGAGGUGCUAUAGAAAUGUAAUACAUUAAUUAUUAUAUCUGAUUUAAGAGGUGCUAUAGAAAUGUAAUACAUAAUUAAUUAUUAUAUCUGUUAGAGGUACUAUAGAAAUGUAAUACAUUAUUAAUUAUUAUAUCUGAUGUUGAGGCGCUAUAGAAAUGUAAUGUAUUUUUAUUGAUAUAGGCCUAACCUUUUAGUUCUGGGGGUUGUUAUUGAGUGAUUGGUCAUCAUGAGUUCACUGGGACUUUGCUGUAACACACUUCUCUAUGCUGCCUCUUCCUCAGUACUAUGACACCAUCGAGGAUGCCCUGGGAGGUGUUCAGGAAGCCCACUUUGACGGACUCAUAUUCGUCCACUCUGGGGUCUACACUGACGAGUGGAUCUACAUUGAGUCACCCAUCACAAUGAUCGGAGCUGGUACGUAUUCGUUCUGUCCAUUGUUUUUCUGUACCGUACACCGUCUGUUCCCCGUCUAUCUACCCCACUUGACCUUUUAACAUGGUUUAUUGAUUAUCUUUGCUGGACACUUUUAGCCCGACGUUAUCUUUUGCCCUGCCCUGUUAACCCCCAAUGCCAUAAAUGUUUCAACAGCAUCUGGUAAAGUAGCAGACAAAGUGAUCAUUGAGAACACCAGAGACUCAACAUUUGUCUUCAUGGAGGGCUCAGAGGAUGCAUACGUUGGCUACAUGACCAUCAAGGUGAGGUCUUAUCCAUUACUUAUGUAAUAUAGGCCUAGCUGACUGUUGGUGUAUGCCUGGACUCUACACUGGUCCUCAUCAUAUUGUCAUAUUGACUCUGUACACUGGUCCUCAUCAUAUUGUUAUAUUGACUCUGUACACUGGUCCUCAUCAUAUUGUCAUAUUGACUCUGUACACUGGUCCUCAUCAUAUUGUCAUAUUGACUCUGUACACUGGUCCUCAUCAUAUUGUUAUAUUGACUCUGUACACUGGUCCUCAUCAUAUUGUCAUCAUCAUAUUGUCAUAUUGACUCUGUACACUGGUCCUCAUCAUAUUGUUAUAUUGACUCUGUACACUGGUCCUCAUCAUAUUGUCAUAUUGACUCUGUACACUGGUCCUCAUCAUAUUGUCAUAUUGACUCUGUACACUGGUCCUCAUCAUAUUGUCAUAUUGACUCUGUACACUGGUCCUCAUCAUAUUGACUCUGUACACUGGUCCUCAUCAUAUUGACUCUGUACACUGGUCCUCAUCAUAUUGUCAUAUUGACUCUGUACACUGGUCCUCAUCAAACAAAGGGAAGUGUUGACAUGAUAUCAGUUGUGGUUGUUAGUCAUAUGUUAUGAAUUACUCCUAUCGUGGUCCUAUGUAAUAAACUAACCCCUUAUGUUUGUCUGCCUCUAGUUUAAUCCUGAUGAUAAGUCUGCCCAGCACCACAACGCCCACCACUGUCUGGAGAUUACAGUCAACUGCAGCCCCAUCAUUGACCACUGCAUCAUACGCAGCACUUGCACAGGUACCUUACAACACAAUGUCUCCAUCUCUCCUCAGACCUACCUGCCUUUCACUAAGGGUAGGCUUAGCAUCUCAGACCUACCUGCCUUUCACUAAAGGUAGGCUUAGCAUCUCAGACCUACCUGCCUUUCACUAAGGGUAGGCUUAGCAUCUCAGACCUACCUGCCUUUCACUAAGGGUAGGCUUAGCAUCUCAGACCUACCUGCCUUUCACUAAGGGUAGGCUUAGCAUCUCAGACCUACCUGCCUUUCACUAAGGGUAGGCUUAGCAUCUCAGACCUACCUGCCUUUCACUAAGCGUAGGCUUAGCAUCUCAGACCUACCUGCCUUUCACUAAGGGUAGUCUUAGCAUCUCAGACCUACCUGCCUUUCACUAAGGGUAGGCUUAGCAUCUCAGACCUACCUGCCUUUCACUAAGGGUAGGCUUAGCAUCUCAGACCUACCUGCCUUUCACUAAGGGUAGGCUUAGCAUCUCAGACCUACCUGCCUUUCACUAAGGGUAGGCUUAGCAUCUCAGACCUACCUGCCUUUCACUAAGGGUAGGCUUAGCAUCUCAGACCUACCUGCCUUUCACUAAGGGUAGGCUUAGCAUCUCAGACCUACCUGCCUUUCACUAAGGGUAGGCUUAGCAUCUCAGACCUACCUAGUGCAGUCUAAUUAUCAUGACACCUAAAUGUAUUAUAGUGAUCAUAGCUCAUAUGGCGCUUCUCUUAAAAAUAUUGCUGGAGCUAUGCUAGGUAUUUUGACAGUGUCUUCCACACAUGGAAUUGAGACAGUGGGUGGGUAUCUGUCUGAGGAGUGUAGUGGAUAUACCGGGUUCCACCAUGCUCACCUGGCUGGCUCUACACCUGUUGGUUUCAGUGGGCUCAGCGGUCUGUGUGAGCGGCCAGGGCGCUUGUCCCACCAUCAAACAUUGCAACAUCAGCGACUGUGAGAACGUGGGGCUUUACAUCACCGACCAUGCACAGGUAGGUAACACACACACCGCUCUUUCCAUAUGGCACUUGAUUCCUCAAAUCAUCCCAUUUCCAAGAUUGUGCUGUGAAACUCUGCCACUCCUUCUGCGUUCCCAGGGAAUCUACGAGGACAAUGAAAUCUCCAACAACGCUCUGGCAGGGAUCUGGGUGAAAAACCAUGGCAACCCAAUCAUCAGACGGAACCACAUCCACCACGGCAGAGACGUGGGUGUCUUUACCUUCGACCACGGCAUGGUGAGAUGACACUAUUGGUCUGGUCUGACUACCACUGAGAUGACACUAUUGGUCUGGUCUGACUACCACUGAGAUGACGCUCCAUAUUGGUCUGGUCUGGCUACCACUGAGAUGACACUAUUGGUCUGGUCUGGCUACCACUGAGAUGACACUAUUGGUCUGGUCUGACUACCACUGAGAUGACACUAUUGGUCUGGUCUGACUACCACUGAGAUUACACUAUUGGUCUGGUCUGGCUACCACUGAGAUGACACUAUUGGUCUGGUCUGGCUACCACUGAGAUGACACUAUUGGUCUGGUCUGACUACCACUGAGAUGACACUAUUGGUCUGGUCUGACUACCACUGAGAUUACACUAUUGGUCUGGUCUGACUACCACUGAGAUGACACUAUUGGUCUGGUCUGACUACCACUGAGAUGACACUAUUGGUCUGGUCUGACUACCACUGAGAUGACACUAUUGGUCUGGUCUGACUACCACUGAGAUGACACUAUUGGUCUGGUCUGACUACCACUGAGAUGACACUAUUGGUCUGGUCUGGCUACCACUGAGAUGACACUAUUGGUCUGGUCUGGCUACCACUGAGAUGACACUAUUGGUCUGGUCUGGCUACCACUGAGAUGACACUAUUGGUCUGGUCUGGCUACCACUGAGAUGACACUAUUGGUCUGGUCUGACUACCACUGAGAUGACACUAUUGGUCUGGUCUGACUACCACUGAGAUGACACUAUUGGUCUGGUCUGACUACCACUGAGAUGACACUAUUGGUCUGGUCUGGCUACCACUGAGAUGACGCUCCAUAUUGGUCUGGUCUGGCUACCACUGAGAUGACGCUCCAUAUUGGUCUGGUCUACAGUUGUGACUAGAGGCUUUCCUCCAUGCCUUGCGUCCUCUUGCUUCCUUGUCAGUUGUAUUGUAGGAGAAUGUCCAAGGUCCCUCCCCUCUGACCUUCUUCUCCAAUGUGUUUUGAGGAGCGUAUGCAAUGUAAUGAGGAAAGAAGAAUUGAGGAAGAACCUUGGUUUCUACUGUAGACACUCAGCUGGCUUAUCAAACUGUCUUUCUGCUGUAAAUACUCAGUCUGCAGCCAUUCUUGUUCUUGAAGAGAAGUGUUGCCUUCCGGUUGAAUCCGCCUUUAGGUUUUGAAGACCCACCACUGGUUUGAGUUACAUAAACCUUCAUCCAGAGCUUUUAAAAACAGGGAAAUGUAUUCCUACUCACACUAGCUUUUGGUUACACAAGACAUCGGAUUGAGGUCAUUUUCUCAAUAGGAAAUAAACAUUUUUUUAACAACUUGCUCUUCUCAACUGUAUUAUAGGAGAAGGUCCAAGGUUCCUUUCCUGUGACGUUCUUCUCCAAUGCUUUUGAAAAGGAGGAGUGAUGAUCUGACGAAUCGAGAGAAGAUGACUUGAGAAAUAGCCAUGGUAUUCUGAUUUAUUAUUACUGACGUGACUCUGUCCUCCUGCAGGGCUACUUUGAGAGCUGCAACAUCCACAGGAACCGCAUAGCUGGCUUUGAGGUGAAGGCGUACGCCAACCCCACAGUGGUGCGCUGUGAGAUCCACCACGGACAAACAGGAGGGAUCUACGUGCACGAGAAGGGCCGAGGACAGUUCAUCGAGAACAAGAUCUAUGCAAACAACUUUGCUGGCGUGUGGGUCACCUCCAACAGCGAUCCUACAAUAAGGUCAGUGGGGUUUCGGUCAAAUACUUUCUCUCUCUCUCUUUCUUUGUCUCCGUCUUCCCUCCCUUUGUCCAUUAUGCAUUAUCCAUAUUAAGUUGAAUUGAUGCUGAUGUGUAAGUGGAUAGUCAAUGGUGACAUUUCUCCACAUUGUGUCAAUCACAGGGGUAACGCCAUCUUCAACGGUAACCAGGGUGGCGUUUACAUAUUCGGUGACGGCCGAGGCCUCAUCGAGGGGAAUGAUAUCUACGGUAAUGCCUUGGCAGGGAUCCAGAUCAGGACGAACAGCUGCCCUAUCGUACGACACAAUAAGAUCCACGACGGACAGCACGGGGGCAUCUAUGUGGUAAGUAGACCUUUUUAGAACCUUUUUAAAUGUGUAUUUAAAGCACGUAAUCACGUGUAGUACUUAUGAAGCUUAUAGCUGUGGUUUAUCUGCAAUCCUUGAGCAUAUUUAACCACUAUUAGCCCACCAUGUUAGGGUUUAAACAAACCUUGAAACAGUAGGCAGCGGACUGACAGAGGAGAAGGAUGUUAGUAAUGUAAUUCGUGUCUCUCCCCUGUAGCACGAAAAGGGACAGGGGGUGAUCGAGGAGAACGAGGUGUACAGCAACACGCUGGCAGGAGUCUGGGUGACCACCGGAAGCACACCUGUCCUCAGGAGGAACAGGAUACACAGUGGGAAACAGGUAUGGACAUGGAGAGAGAAACCGCCCAAGAGAGAGAGACCAGUCUGUCUGUUCAGUUGGCUCUAUGGGCCACUCAUCUCCCACAGAUGAAUGAAUGAAUGAAUGAGUGAAAUUUGCCAAUAAUCUGCAAACUAAACACUCCCACCUCCCCUCUUGUCUUGUGGGUCAUACAGGUUGGUGUUUACUUCUAUGACAACGGCCAUGGAGUGUUGGAGGACAAUGAUAUCUACAACCACAUGUACUCUGGAGUUCAAAUCAGGUCAGUGAAAGGGUUAGAACUCAAAAUGAAUAGACAACCACACAAUGGGAUCAACUGACAACCACACAAUGGGAUCUACUGACAACCACACAAUGGGAUCUACUGACAACCACACAAUGGGAUCUACUGACAACCACACAAUGGGAUCUACUGACAACCACACAAUGGGAUCUACUGACAACCACACAAUGGGAUCUACUGACAACCACACAAUGGGAUCUACUGACAACCACCCUAUGGGAUCUACUGACAACCACCCUAUGGGAUCUACUGACAACCACACUAUGGGAUCUACUGACAACCUGUGUAAAUAAUGUAGUGCAUGUUGCUGUUGUAAUAAAAUGCAUUUCAUGGAUGAUUUGUCACAUUGCUAUGCACUUUUGUGAUACUAUUGAUUUUUAAUUAUAUGCAUUGAUUGAUUUGUUGGUUAAUGUUUCCCACUGUAACAGAACUGGAAGCAAUCCCAAAAUCAGACGGAACAAGAUCUGGGGAGGUCAAAAUGGAGGUAUUCUGGUUUACAACUCAGGUGAGAAACCAACUGUUGUUCUUUAUCCAUCCAUUCUCCUCUCAGCUUGAUGUUGUCUGGAGAGGGGUGAAGCAAGCACAUCUUUUCUUCAGAAAGUGUACCUUUUCUACAUGAAAUUCAUGAUGCAGAACAGUGAAGACACCCUGGAUUCACAGGUUCUGAGUGGAGUGACUCCAUCAAAUUCCUUUCACUCAAAUGCUCCCUCAUGAACUCUCUAACCAUGAUAAAUGGAAGGGAGACCUCUUGGCUGAUAUCUUGACUCUGUUUCAGGUUUGGGCUUCAUCGAAGACAAUGAGAUCUUUGACAACGCCAUGGCAGGGGUGUGGAUAAAGACGGACAGCAACCCCACCCUCCGGAGGAAUAAGAUCCACGACGGGAGAGACGGAGGGAUCUGUAUAUUCAACGGAGGACGAGGUUUACUGGAGGAGAACGAUAUCUUCAGGAACGCCCAGGCAGGAGUCCUCAUCAGCACCAACAGCCAUCCCAUCCUGAGGAAGAACAGGAUAUUUGACGGCUUCGCUGCAGGUGGGAAACGCUAUGCUAGAAAGCAGGGUUCAGUCCAGGGUUGUGUUCAUUAGGCACCAUAUGAAGGAAAGCAGACUGAAAGGGGGAGGGACUACCUGGAUUGGUCCAAUAAGAAAUGCUCAUUUUCUGUUGCAAAAAUAUAUAUUUUACCUUGUGUGCCUAUUAAGUAUGACCGAGCAGUAUUUUGCUUUGAAUCCUUGUGAUUAAUAGACAGUCAUUGGUAAAUGUUAACCCUAUCAGUCACAAGACUCCAGACAAAAACGGCUUUUCAUUUAUCUGACUUUCAUUUAUCUGCAUGUCCAGUAUUUAUAUUUAGCCUCACAAUUAAGUGUUUUAUCAUGUUCUUUUCAGGACGACCAGGUUGAAGUAGAACACAAAACAAUUUCACAUAAACCGUUGCAUUCAUGAGUUUUAUUGACUAUAAAAAAACAAUGUCCUCUAAAGCAAAAACCUGAUAAAAAUGAAUUCAUAUGAAUGCUGUAAGUACAGAAAUGGUUUGCUUCCUGGGAAAUGAAUGUCCAACUAGUCAGUGACAACUGUUUGGAGUUUGUGACAGCAACUAUGUGAGUUAAUUACAGUAUUAUAGACAAUGUCCUGGAAUUUCCUAUGGUCUUCUAUGUAGAAGAACCCCUUACCUUCUAACGACUCUUGUGUAGCUUGUUAGCGUCAUAGAGCAAAACAUUACGUUACAUGUUCGUGAGAGUCCCAGCUUUUCAUAGAUGGCUUUAAAUAGUUUGUGGCUCAAACCAUUCAGAAUCUACAGACGUUUUUGUAAAAAGACCCAGGAUCCACCCUUGUCUCACAAACACAGCUCUAGUCAGCCCCCUUUAAUCACACAGACUAAUGGUUGGUACCAACGGAUGCAGAAGAAAUGGACGAAUCCAAAUGGUACAACCCAGAUCCAAUGGUGCAACCCAGUCUGUAGCUCAAACACACAAUGUUUAAAAGGGGUUAGAAGUCCAAAUCGUGCCAGCGUUGCGGUGGGUGGGACUCAUUGGGUUAAUUGAAGACAGAGUGGGGCCCAAUCCCAAAUGGACACGGUAAUACACUACAUGACCAAAAGUAUGUGGACACCUGCUCGUCGAACAUCUCAUUCCAAAAUCAUGGGCAUUAAUAUAAUAUUGUCCCCCCUUUGCUGCUAUAACAGCCUCCACUCUUCUGGGAAGGCUUUCCACUAGAUGUUGGAACAUUGCCGCAGGGACUUGCUUCCAUUCAGCCAGAAGAGCAUUAGUGAGGUUGGGCACUGAUGUUGGCCUGGCUCGCAGUCGGCGUUCCAAUUCAUCCCAAAGGUGUUCGAUGGGGUUGGGUCAGGGCUCUGUGCAGGCCAGUCAAGUUCUUCCACACCGAUCUCGACAAAACAUUUCUGUAUGGACCUUGCUUUGUACUCGGGGGCAUUGUCAUGCUGAAACAGGAAAGGGCCUUCCCCAAACUGUUGCCACAAAGUUGGAAGCACAGAAUCGUCUAGAAUGUCAUUGUAUGCUGUAGCGUUAAGAUUUCCCUUCACUGGAACUAAGGGGCUUAGCCCGAACCAUGAAAAACAGCCCCAGACCAUUAUUCCUCAUCCACCAAACUUUACAGUUGGCACUAUGCAUUGGGGCAGGUAGCGUUCUCCUGGCAUCCGCCAAACCCCAAUUCGUCCGUCGGACUGCAAGAUGGUGAAGCGUGAUUCAUCACUCCAGAGAACGCGUUUCCACUGCUUCAGAGUCCAAUGUCGGCGAGCUUUACACCACUCCAGCCGAUUUUUGGCAUUGUGAUCUUAGGCUUGUGUGCGGCUGCUCGGAAACCAAUUUCAUGACGCUUCCGACGAACAGUUAUUGUGCUGACAUUGCUUCCAGAGGCAGUUUGGAUCUCGGUAGUGAGUGUUGCAACCGAGGACAGACGAUUUUUACGCGUUUCAGCACUCGGCGGUCCCAUUCUGUGAGCUUGUGUGGCCUACCACUUCACGGCUGAGCCGUUGUUGCUCCUAGACGUUUCCGCUUCACAAUAACAGCACUUACAGUUGACCAGAGCAGAAAUUUGACGAACUGACUUGUUGGAAAGGUGGCAUCCUAUGACGGUGCCAUGUUGAAAGUCACUGAGCUCUUCAGUAAGGCCAUUCUUCUGCCAAUGUUUGUCUAUGGAGAUUGCAUGGCUUUGUGCUCGAUAUACACCUGUCAGCAACGGGUGUGGCUGAAAUAGCCACUAAUUUGACGGGGUGUCCACAUACUUUUGUGUAUAUAUAGUGUAUCUCCACCUUGUCCUCUGAUAGGCUAGGUGGAAGUUUCACCAUAUUAUACUAAGGAAAUCCUCUCAGAUGCUGAUCCUGACCAGUUUGUCUCUGUUUCUCUGUCCACCAGGUAUUGAGAUCACCAAUCAUGCCACGGCAACCCUGGAGGGCAAUCAGAUCUUCAACAACCGCUUUGGAGGGUUGUUUCUCGCAUCGGGUGUCAACGUUACAAUGAAAGGUAAACGAGAACGUGUUGUUUUAUUACUGGAAUCUAACAUUGUAGGAACUACAUAUGGUCAGUCUCUUUGGCAAAAUGAUGGUUUUGAAUUCUCUUAAAUUGCCUCUUCUUGACUUUUUCUUAUCUGUACAUGGUCUGAUCCACCCUCCCCCCGUAUCCCCACCCAGAUAACAAAAUAAUGAACAAUCAAGAUGCCAUUGAAAAAGCUGUGAGCAGAGGUCAGUGCCUGUACAAGAUUUCCAGUUACACCAGCUAUCCAAUGCACGAUUUUUACAGGUAAUAAUUUCUUACCCUGUGUGUGUAUAGAUAUCUCUACACAUAUCUGGAUAUAUAGAGAGAUGGAGAAAGAUCUCUACACAUAUCUGGAUAUAUAGAGAGAGAUCUCUACACAUAUCUGGAUAUAUAGAUAGAUAGAGGGAAGCGAUAGAGAUCUUCAUCCAGUGGAAUAUUCCAGAAAGCAGGAUUAUGAAGUUAGUCAACAAACUUUGAUAAACAGCCACAUAUAACUCUUGAUUUUCUGGUUUAUUGACAAUGCUACUUUUGUCAAUUUUAAGUCUGUAUUUCUCAAAAAGAUAGUUAUUUUAAGCAAUGUUGGACUCAUUGAUCCAUCUUUGUGGAACAGGCCCCAUCUGUCCACUUUAAUGGAUGUAACUCAUUUGGCUUGUCACCUGUUUCUUUGUUCUGUCCCUCCGUGUGGUCAGGUGUCACACCUGUAACACAACAGACCGCAACGCCAUCUGUGUGAACUGCAUCAAGAAGUGCCACCAGGGGCACGACGUUGAGUUCAUUAGGCAUGAUAGGUACGUUAACUGUUCUGUUUAAUGUCUUUGUAAUGAGACACAUUCUAUUACAGCGAUACUUAAUGUUAAAUUCCUUUUAAUUAUAUCUGGUUUUAUAUUGCACAAUCAUGUGCAGAACCUCUCCUGUGCCAAAUGAUAUCUCACAUUCAAAUCAGUUUGUCUGUGUUCAGUAAUUGACUUUAAGAAAUGUGAGAAAUUUGAAGAGCUGGCUGGAGAUAUCAUGUGCUAGUAUUUCAGUGGCUACUUGAUCAGUUGGUAUUUCCUCCCGGUCUUCCACUUCAGUCAUUUUCAAUAUAAUAUUAUUUAUAUUUUGUCUUGGCUGUAGAUUUUUCUGUGACUGUGGAGCCGGAACAUUGUCAAACCCCUGCACGCUAGCCGGAGAGCCCACGCACGACACGGACACACUGUACGACUCCGCCCCUCCUAUAGAAUCCAAUACGCUGCAACACAAC